AUGCCCGUCGUGUCACCGUCUCGAUACAGCACCACGUCAUCGAGCCUCUCCGGCUCGUACAGGUCCACUUUGACCUCAUCGACAGUUGACAAACCCUACUACAGGUCUACAAGCGAAAACUAUGGCACCAUACGAAGUUUCGAAAAGUCAGAAUAUAGAUCACGGUUCUCUGACCUUGAUGGGAAUCGUGAGAGAAAGACUAUUGUGGAGCGCUCAAGGACUUCCAGAGCGCCGAGCAUCGCUGACUCUGACAGCGGUAUCUCUAGCAGGUAUCGCUCAGAGAGAAGUGAAUCCCGCUCCAGAGAUAUCUCAACAACUAGGAGUGAAAGUAGCAAAACAUCAAGUGACACUCUUGGCCGGAGACGUCCUGUGAUCCCAUCAGCCGAUUUGGCGAUGUCACACGCAGAUUGGUAUAAUAAAUAUUCACCAGCCAACUACAUACCUUUGACGCAGAGGAUUCAGCAACAGCAGCAACUUAACCAGAACUUUGGGGAGAUUUCAAGGUCGAAGUCUAUAUCCAAUGAUAUCGGACGGCCUCCAAUGUCUGACCCAACGCGAUUGGCCAGAAAAGCACGGAACUCCGCAGCUACGAUAUCAGAGAGACCGGAACGAAGAUCGUAUAAGGAAAGCUCACCAGUUUACAAGAGGGGAAUGGUAAACGGUGUCAAGGACACCAACGGAAACGAAGUGCCCUCCGUGUCGGAGAUCAGAAAGAGAUUCGACCCGAAAAUGACCGUAACGAAACUACCCGCGAACGACUCGCGGUACACCGAACAAUAUCUAAACCAGCUCAAGGACUGCGAAAACGGGACCGUAGGCUACACAAAAAUCGUCCCGAAAGACGAAAAGCCGGUACCAGUACAUCUGCCUUACGAAAAGAACGGGUUGCGCUGGGAAAUAGGUUCCUCCAGCUCCCGAUCCAACUCCAACUCAGACCUAUCACUCAGUAAGACUAUAUCCGAGCCAGUAUGCCUAGCCAAACCAAUACACGAUAGAAAUAGUUCCAUGUCCACCUCUCUCACCUCGAAACUGCCUUCCGACCGUCUAGCCAGCAUUAAAAGCCAGCUAGACCCAAACAACCCAAUAGGAAAGAUUCUAGAAAAGUCCACAGUCAUCCACGUAGAAAAUGGCGAUUUGGAUUAUAAGAAAAAUAAUUCAGAUGGAAGUAAAAUUAAAGAUAUAAAGAAUGAUAUAGAGAAACAAACGAAAACUCCUAAACAUACGUCUAACUUCGCUUCCUACAUUCAGAUCUCGCAGCCCGUUUCAUCAGGGACGACGCCGAAAAAACAGAUAGACUUAAAUCAUACGGUUAAUGAGGAGUCACCUAAGAACGAUGUGAAAGCAGAGCCAAGGAAACGAGCUAGUUUAAAGUACAUAGACUCAGAAGAUGAUAGAAUACUUCUCGACAAUGAUAUAGAAUCUCCUAGCGGUACCGGUUUUGAGAACAAAACGUUUGAACAUGAGAAUUAUUUGAAGAAGAGAACGGAAAAGAGUGAAGAAGGGAAGGAGAACUUGGAGGAGAUUAAAUCAAUGGAGACGAGUACUGAGAGUACUAUUAGUGAACCGACUGAUGAUACUAACAUGAGCCCUGAUACUCCAUCUUCUAGAAGAAGAGUGUUGGAUUCGAAGGAUUACGACGAUAUCAAAGCGGAGUUGGCCGGUGGUAAGAGUGGGCCCAGUGGGCUGCGCAGGAGCAGCGAGAGAUCCGAAUCUGUGUCUGAAGGACGUACGGACAAACAUAGUCAUACUAGUGGUCUAAACGGUCUCCGGAACAUAGGCAACACAUGUUUCAUGAACAGCGUCCUGCAAUGUCUGUCGAAUACCAAGCCGCUACUGGAGUACCUCUCCGACGAUAAAUACACGGACGAUAUCAACACCACGCUGUCUUGUAUGAAGGGGGCGCUUAUUAAAGCAUUCGGCAUAGUUAUAAAGGAACUCUGGCGCAGCGGCGAGAAGGACGCGGUGGUGAACACGACGGCACUCAAGUCGCAGGUACAGAGGUUCGCGCCCCGGUUCAUGGGAUACAGCCAGCAGGACGCUCAGGAGUUCCUCCGGUACCUCCUGGAAGGUCUGCACGAGGACGUGAACCGAGUGACCGUCAAACCGAAACCCAUACUCACUGAGAUCGAUGACAACCUCAGCGACACGGCGAAGGCAGCGGAGGCGUGGAGCCGGUACCUGCGCAUGGAGGACAGCCGCGUGGGGGACAUCUUCGUCGGACAACUCAAGUCCACGCUGCGCUGCACGCACUGCCAUCACGACAGCGUCACCUUCGACCCCUUCUGGGACCUCAGUUUGCCGAUCCCGUCCCGCACGGGCAACCUGAAGCUGCAGCAGUGUCUGUCUCACUUCACGCGCGAGGAGGAACUCGACGGGGACGAGAAACCGACGUGUUCGAAGUGCGGUGUCCGCAGAAAGUGCCUGAAGUGGUUCACAGUACAGAAGUUCCCGCAAGUUCUGGUGCUGCAUCUCAAGAGGUUCUCCCCGACGGAGCGUUUCCGCGGCAAGUUGAACGUGUUGGUGGAGUUCCCCCUGAGCAACCUCGACAUGUCUCCGUACGCGGCGGCGCGCGGCCCGGCGCCCGUCUACAACCUCUAUGCCGUCAGCAACCACUCGGGUACGACUUACUCGGGUCACUACACGGCGUACUGUAAACAUCCGUACACUGGGGAGUGGCACGAGUAUAAUGACUCACGGGUGUCCCCAAUAAACAGUCGCAACGUGGUGUCCUCAGAAGCGUACGUCUUGUUCUACGAGUUGGCGCGACACACGUAG